AUGGAGACUGAAAGAAUGAUAGAAGACACUACGCCUCCACAGGUGACAUCUCUAAACUCUCUGGACACGGGUGUACGCCCGCCGCCAAGCAGUGCAGCGUAUGCGGCUGAGAGAGACGCCUGUCUCAACUACUUCGCUAGAUGGAAUGAAACUGACCAGGUGGAAUUCGUGGAGCAGCUGUUGGCGCGCAUGUGCCACUACCAGCAUGGCCACAUCAACUCGUAUCUUAAGCCAAUGCUGCAGAGGGACUUUAUUUCUAUGCUUCCUAAAAAAGGUCUCGACCACGUAGCAGAGAAUAUCCUAUCGUACCUCGACGCAAAGUCGCUAUGUGCGGCCGAAUUAGUCUGCCGCGAAUGGCAGCGUGUUAUUUCAGAAGGCAUGCUAUGGAAGAAACUCGUCGAGAGAAAAGUCAGAACAGACUCGCUCUGGCGAGGACUUGCUGAGCGGAGAGGGUGGAUCCAGUAUCUGUUCAAGCCAAAACCUGGCUGCCAGCAUCCGUCUCAUUCCUUCUACAGACAACUUUAUCCCAAGAUCAUUCAGGACAUUCGCUCUAUUGAAGACAACUGGCGUAUGGGACGGCAUAAUUUACAGAGGAUAAAUUGUCGCUCGGAAAAUUCGAAAGGCGUGUACUGCUUACAGUACGACGAUAACAAGAUCGUAUCAGGUCUGAGGGAUAACACAAUCAAGAUAUGGGACAGGAAAACUUUGCAGUGCGUUAAGGAGCUACAAGGUCACACAGGCUCUGUCCUCUGUCUGCAAUACGACGAACGCGCAAUCAUAAGCGGGUCCUCAGACAGCACGGUUCGCGUAUGGGACGUGAACACUGGUACAAUGCUCAAUACGCUUAUACAUCACUGUGAGGCAGUAUUGCAUCUGCGAUUCUGCAACGGCAUGAUGGUCACUUGCAGCAAGGACCGCUCGAUAGCUGUAUGGGACAUGACGUCAACAACAGAGAUAAUGCUGCGACGCGUUUUAGUCGGACACAGAGCUGCUGUCAACGUUGUCGACUUCGAUGAGAAAUAUAUUGUCAGUGCGUCUGGGGACCGCACUAUUAAGGUAAAUUCAUUCAUAAAAGUCCUUUUUUUCGACAACAAACGGAUAGUGAGCGGCGCGUACGACGGUAAAAUCAAAGUAUGGGACUUGCCUGCUGCUUUGGACGUCAGGACGCCACAUCAAGACCUUUGCCUUAGGACGCUAGUGGAACACACCGGCCGAGUGUUCCGAUUACAAUUCGACGAGUUCCAAAUCGUCUCAUCGUCACACGACGACACAAUCUUGGUGUGGGACUUCCUGAACUACGGCGGCGCGGGCGCUACGGCGGGGGGUGCGGGCGGCGCGGGCGCAGGGCUCGUCACCCACCCGCGGCCGAGCUCGUCGCCGAACGACCAUGAUAACGACCUGUAUGACUAGGAGUGGGUUGACCGUUAAGGACACUGUGUCAGUGAGUGGUCACAAUACAUCUUAACAGACUGUAUUAACUUAAUUAAAGUUAAUUAUUAAAAUAAAUAUUAAUAAUAAACUUACGAGACGCGUUACCAAGACAAUUUUAAGUCGAACUUUGACUUCAAGAGGCUUUUAUGGACACGAGUGGUCAUCCAAUACUGGUUUGAGUGGCUUUUGAUAAACCAAAACCUAUUUCCUAUGGUUCUUGGCAUCGGAUUAUGGGUAAAGUGACAAAAGCAAGACACUAAGGCGUGCAGUACUAAGUAUAUAUAUAUAUUUACCGUUGUAUGAUAAAUCCCCGCGCUGAAGCAUUGAAAGGAUUGUACCUGGCUCCCUUUACAUUCAAUUGAACGACAGAAAUCCUAAUGGUUUUGUCUUAACAGGGUGUUGCAGAAUAUUGUAAUGUUUUGAGUUUUCUUUAAGCUGUGACAGUUAAUUUGAAAUUACAAUAAGCUAAUGGAAAGUGAUAUAGCCAGCGCAAUGACAGCAGACAGAGGUCCCACGAUGGAUGAUGCAUUGACGACCUUAAAGACUGUCAUUUAAGGUGACAGAAGCCGCUUAUCUAUCAGAUAGGCCAUCUGCCUAUUUGACCACCUACAUAUGCAGCAGAAGCAGCCGCUUCCGCUAAACUAUUGGUGCUACUCGAAGAUACCUUUAUAAGAUAAUAAUUAACUGGCAAUUCGAGAGACACUGCCGAUCGGUGAUCUCGGCAUAAUCACUCCCAUUUGUCAGCAUUAAAAAGAACUCAAUAACACUCAGUCUAUUGUCAUUUAAUUAGCACGUCCGUAUUUCGAUAGUGAAAGGCGAUAUGUUCUAACUUGACUAUGCCCCAAUAAUUUACAAUACAUAAAAGUCGGGAUCGGAGACGUGCGAGCUCCAGUAUAUUUGCCCUUCGCUAAUCGAUCCAAUGCAAUCGGACAAUGGUAUAUUCUGUAUUUUCAGAAUCUGAAACAAUUUGAAAGAUCUUCAAAGUAUUCUACAGUAGUAUUAUUAUAGUCGAUUCAAUCCGUAUCUUGGCCAGCGCGGCGAGAGCGGCUAUCACUUCGCUGGCCUCUAUUAUUUGUAUCAUUUUGGCGUACCCACAUGUAUCAUAAUCACCAACACGGAAAAUGCAGAGAUGCGCUCAUCAUUAAAAUUUUUGAACCAGAGGCGACGUCAUGAUCGGCUUGAACACAUCGUGGCAUAUAUUUUUCAGAUGUUAAAAAAGACACCAAAAAACAUUGCCUAAAACAAUCUUUCUAUUCGUUUUCACGUUUUUAAAAUUUUAUCUUAGCGAUGCCUUAAAAAUAGUUAUUACUAGCAACAAUCAACUUAAAUAAUGUUUAUAAACAAACUAUAACGUGAAAAUAAACUCUGGUAAUUAAAUAUACUAUAAAUACGAUCACAAACAUAUAUCUAGACAGAUGCCGCAAGUACAGCAAUUUGUAUGAAAACUAAGCGUGCCACAUUUUA